AUCAAUGACCACAGCAAGGAAGGGCCCAGUUCCGGAAUACCAAUGGCCACUCGGAAACAAAUCUUUGCUAACAGAAACUAUGAGUAGAGUUGAUUUUGUACGAGAACCAGUCGGAGACUGUUACAAGUUUGAAAAGAAACCGGAACCGCUACCAUUUGAUGCAAUGUCUUUUGGUCAAACAUCAGACGAUUUGAAAUAUUUGAAAACAAACCUUCGAGAUGACUCGGAAUUUAAGAACCUUUCUAUCUCCAUGUUUGUUUAUUCUAUUGGAACACCAAAAGGGACACUAUUACAUUAUGUAUUGGGACAAGAGGAAAAAAUAAGAAUAAACUUUAUUAUGACACACACCGUAGUUUCAUUCCGUGAUGAAUAUGCAAAUCCCACUGGAUUGGUUGCCGAGGAAGAUCUACUUAAAGAAAAUGAAUGGAACCAUUUGUACAUAGAGCGUCAGUUUGAAUCAGGACGAAUAAAGAUUUACGUAAAUGGUGAAGAAAAGGUAAAUGCAAAUGAUGACUUUCAGAAAAACAUUCCCAUGCCAACAGGAGGAACAGUAUACCUAGGGAAUGCUGUUGCUAAGGGGGCUUCAGAAGACGACCAGCAAUUUACCGGGUACAUAACGUGCUUUCAAAUAUACACUAGGCUAGUUCCGAAAGAUAAAAUAAACGAAAUGUGGAAAAACUGCCUACAGAAGAAUUGGAAAUAUCAACCACCAGAGUUUUAUCUUAUUCCAAACGAGAAUUUGAAAUGUGUGAGUAGCACACCACCUUCAACUCUCGCCCCUCCUCCUAUUACAAAUCUUGUUACAAGGAAUAUCUUGGCCAUAGAAAAGGAAUGGAACGAAUUUCGACAUCAAUUCAAUUGGAAAACUAGCCUCAGAACAUCUGGUUAUUUCAUGGUGAAAGCACAUGACAUGAAACCUUCACCAUUCUCUUUUGGAAUUGUCAACGCAACAGACACCAGCGUGUGCUCGCGACUGUGCAUGCGCAUAGAAGGUUGCCAGUCGUUUUCAAUGGACGAACGAACCGUGGAUUACGUUACAUGCCAUAUGUACAAUUCUGUCUAUGGUGAUUUGGUAGCUGACCCUGGUUCGAAGUAUUAUACUAUUGUAAAUGUCGACUAACACUCAUGUUUACACAUGUAUUUGUUGAUAAAGGAAAACAAAUGAAAACAUAUGUAUUCCAUGAAAGUUACAUAAAACAUAGUUUACAAGUAACCACUCAGUGAAAUAAACAAGGAAAUCUAGAUAGUUACAACUAUAUAGUUUAUUUAAUACCAUAAAUAACGUGUUUUCUCAAGUGACCUGGAAUACAAUUCUUGU